AUGUUAUUACAGCGAGCUUACGACGUGCAAGCGGCGCGCAUUCGUGAUGCACAGGACCUACACGAGGACCCUGACGGCGCGACGGAACGGCCCGAUGGCGGGCAGCACCCUGGCCGGCUGCACGCGGUGCUCUCGCGGCUGCGCACCGCGCGCCACCACGGCCUCAAAGUCCGCGGCCCCGAAGGGCCGGCGCGCGACCCAAACGCGAACGGCGGCAACGGCGGCAUCGGCGGUGGCAGCUGCUGCCGGGGCCAGCGAGCGGCGCUGGCCCCUGUGCGGCAGCAGCAGCAGCAGCUGCAGCAGCUCCUGCUGCGUCACCGCUCGCCCACCCUGCCCCUUGCGCUGCCGGUGCUGGCGUCUCGGCAGACGGCAGCUCCACAGUCGCCGAUGAACGCGGACUUUCAAUCGCAGCCCCACAGUCAAUCGCAGCUACAGCCAUACCCGCAGUUAGACUCGCAGCCACAACUGCCGCUGCACGCGCACGCUCAGGUGCAGUGCCAGCAUGUGGGGCCUUCCCCGAUGCAACCGUCGCCCCAGCUGCACUUCCACACGCAACAGCAACAGCAGCAACAGCAGCAGCAACUGCAGCAGCCGCACCAUCCGCACGCCCGGCUGCUACCUCGUCCUCAACUCCCCGCCACCGCCCCGGCGAUUUCCUCCGGCGCACGGUGGCCGUUCCUCACUCACAGCCCGGACGCCGCCGCCGCCGCCUCCGUCAGCAGCCACGGAGGGGCGUCCGAGCCGUCGUACGGGGCCCCGUCCUGCUGGCGCCGGGCGGCAGGCACGAGCGUCGACGGGCAGCGAGGACGGCCGGACGCGAUCGCCAGGACGCGCGUCUCGUCCAAUGCCGCCUGCGAGAUGCGGCGUCAGGCGGAGGCGGAGUGGGCUGGGUGCGCAGGGAGGGAGCCGUCGGCCGUCCCUCCUGCGGCCGUUCCUCCGGCGGCCGCUAUCACCCUCAACCUGGCUGACGGCGCGGGUGUCGAUCCGGCCACGCGAGCGCCGUGGGCGGUGGUGCCACGGACUUCUGCGGCUGCUACGGCGGUCGUGCAGACGCCGUGCGAAGGUCCCCCGUGGGGCUCUCGGGGGGCCGUGCGGCCCGAGGGACGCCCUCCCGUGGGGCCCUCGCUCCCCGCGCCUCACCGCUGCUCACAGGUUGGAUACCAGCCAAUCAGCAUUGUCGACCUGACCAAGGAAAAUGGCAGCUCAUACCACGACCAGCUGGCAACCUUCCCAAACACCUCCUCCUUGUCCUCAUCCUCCUCCUCCACGGCUGCCACGCCGACGCCAUGCCGGCAGGGCCUGCAACUGCCGCCGCUGCUGACUCCUCGCCUGCCGCCAAGCGUGCCCGACCCGGCGAGCCCCAAGGAGGGCGGCCUGCUAGAGUCGCCGACAAAACACGACCGGCUUCUGGACGAGGUGCGGGGGUUCGUGCGGGCGGCCGCAGCUCAGGGGGACGAGAGCUCCGCGCUGCGUCUCCGGCGCUACGAGCGGGAGGUGCUGCGUGCGACGCGGGAUGGCCGCGCCGAUCGCUCGCCGCCAUCGACGCCGUUGCCGCAGGGGGGGGGGCAGCAGGAGCGGCUCCGGCACGGUCGUCGGGGAGGAAGCCCGCCGGAUCGCCGCGGCGGAGAGACGCGGCCACAGGCAGCAGCGGCCCGGCGGCAGGACGCGCUCCGGGGCGCCGACGAUCGGAGCCGGAGCCGGAGUCCGGAACGGGCACGCGAGACGCUACGCGACGAUCCGGAACACUUUGCAAAAUGCCGUCGGCGGGAGCGGCGGCUGGACGGCCAGGACGAGAGUCAACCGCGUCACGAUUGCGUUCAGGAUCACCAUCAGGAUUUGGAUUUCCAUCAGGAUGAGUUUCAAGCGUGUUUGGAUCGCCAGCAGGUUAUCACGUGGGAUGCUUAUCAGGACGGUCGGCAAGAUCGGUGCCAUCCCACGGAUGAGAAUGCAUUUCAGCAGGCGAGAACUGAUGGUGGGGCAGUGUGCAGGGAAGUUACGGUGAGCGGAGCGGCCAUCUCAAAGAGAAUCGAUCCAGAUUCAGACGGCAUGCUCGGUGGGAGCCAAGCGUCCGAACUUUCCAACGACCAGCACGCCGGGAAUUUCCACGCCGCUGGCCCGUUUGUGGAGCCAACCGCGGAAGAGAACGUCACGGCAGAGAGCUGCGUGUCGCGGCCGGUCAACGUCACGACGGUCGCCACUUCGGAGGGAGCCGCAGAUGCCGACCAAACGACGGAGGCGCAGCGGAGCGGCGCCGAGAAUUCACCCGCAGGCGGUCGCGAGCAUCGACGGCGAAUCGGCGACGACGGCGACGACGACGACGACAACGGGCGGCCGCAGCCAUCCGGGCCGGCCAUAGACCGGCCCGGUGCGCACGCGACCGUCAAGCGCUCGUUCUCGUAUCCCGUCACCGAGCGCGACGUCCAGACGGAAUGCGACAUAGUCUUCGUGAGUGAGAUGCUCGCGGAGGAGGAGGCACGGUGGUCCGGGGCGACGCAGGGGCCGGCCGCGCGCCGCACGGCCAGGAAGAGCACCAGGGGUCACGUGAGCAAUGAGGAAUUCUGGGAGCUGCAGACCAGGAGGCUGACGGCGACCGAUUGGAAGCCGGCGGCGAGGCAGACGCGCCCGCACGGUUCCGUGGCCACGGCGGCCGAUGCCGCGGUCAGCGAGCAGCUUCGAAUUCAGGGGGACGUGGUCGCCAAAUUUGGCCACAUGCACACAAAGAUGACAGCCCCCCACUUCUCCAAGAAAUGCCUCGUGACGCUGACGAGAAACAUCGACUCGUUGGUUUCGCGCGGGCGCAGCUCCACUGUCGUCGAGGGCUGCACAACGACCAAAUCUGCGUGGAAGCUGAGAUCCAAAGGAGGCCCCGGGAAGAUUCCUUCCGUGGUCGAAAAGCUCAAGAGGCGGGGGUCUCCGUCUCGGCUGCCGAGCCGGCACAGGCUGGUGGUGGCGCUGUGGGACCCAACCAAGGGCCCGGACGUCGAGAGCAUGGCACCGCGGAACGCGUCAUUGAAGGAGUGGAUGGGAUUGCAGUUCACCAGAGUGAAGAGCGAACAUGACGAUGGGUGGAGCUCUGGAUCUGCGGAGGCGACGCGCAAACCGCACGCCGUUCAGCCUGCUGACGAUGAUGACGGUUGUGGUGAUGUGAAGCCUCCAUUACUCUUGAUUGAGCAAGAGGAAAUGAAUGCGAUGAAAGGUGCGAGUCACGGGCUGGUAGGAAACGUCGAUGAAAAGCACGCAAAUUGUGACCCAAACAUGGGGGGACACGCCGUGAUGAAGAGCGAGAUCUGCGUUGCGGACUGCCUCAACGAGCUGGAAUUCGACGAAGACGACAACAUCGUUUAUUCCGACGAGCCGCCACUCAAACAGAGAAUAAAGCAGGAGCCUGACGACCGCGAGAAGACGCCCACAGUUCCGGCACGCGUCCUCCAGCACGCGUCCUCCGCGGGGUCGGUGCCUGGCGCCCGCGAGAGUAAAACCUCCGGAACGGCGCGACGUCGGGCACCGCCUGCCGGCAGCCGCGACUCGGAGCUCGCCGCCACCGGCGUCGGUGUGCGGUCUCGCAGGAAGCGCGACGCUCCGCGCUCCGGCCCUCGCGAUGGCGCCGCCCGCGGGGAGAACAGCGGCGGAGGCAGCCCGUCGAGGGAUCGGGAUGACGACCAGGCCGACGGGUGUCGGCGGGGCACGGGGCCGCUCGAACCGUCGGUGUUGGCGGAGGCCCCCGCCCCGCAGCACCGAAAUUCCGGCACCGCCGCACCCUCCCUUCGGCUCCUCGAACACUCCCGCGCCGGUCCCGACGCCGGGCGGGCGUCUGCACCCGCUGCCCGCGACUCGUCCGCCGCAUCGACCGGGGAGGAGCGCGGCAACCGGAGGGCGGCGGCGAUCGCCGGGCGGAGGGCGGCGUCGGGCACCGUUGGCGCACCCGCGUCGAAGAGGGCCGAAGUUCGACGGCGCGUUCAAAAGGAGCGCGCCGACCGCUCUCGCGGCCACCGGCGUACGGCGUGCCGGGCGGAUGCCAGCGACCGCUCUGUGGGGCCGGAUGGGACGCGGGCGGCCGGCGGCGAAACCGCCGCCGCGGCGCCCGCUUCCCGCCUCGUCGUGGAGCGCCCGUUCGCCGCUUCGGCGUUCGGCUUGGACGCCGGGCCAGGCGGAGGGCGGAGCUCGCCCGCGGGAGGCCCCGCGUGGGGCCAGCGGGACGCCGGCCUCCUCCGCUGCGGGCAGCUGCGCGGCCUGCGGCCGUGCCAACUGGAGUGGGUCGAGCAGCAGUACGCGCGCCUCAACGUGGGCUGGGUCGCUCCGGCGCCGGGUUUCGCCGCGAUUCCCCGCACCGACUGCCCGAGGGUGGCCAUGCAAGUGGCGAGGAGGGACGAGCCGGAGGCCCGCGACACCUCGCUGGUGAGGGAGCUGUUCGGCAGGAGCGUGCGUCCCGAGGAGGUGAGGCGCCUCUUCGUGGAGGAGUCUGCCGAAACCGCCAUCGCGACCUACGGUGGCGUCGUCGCCGAAGUCCCGACGGGCGACGAGCGGCAGGGCGGCCCAGCGGGCGGAGAGGGUUUCUCGGGAAGCGCCAGCGUGCGCGUGAUCUGCAGGGUGGGGAUACGGUCGCGUGGUAAACCAAAGAAGAAGAAGAAGAAGGGCGUAGAGAGGGGAGCUCGUCACAGGAAGAGGAGGAGGGCCGUCGCUCGCCCCGCAAAGCCCGCGUUGAAAACCGAUCGUGCGAGAAAUCCGCCACGCUGGGACGCGUCACGGAGUACGCUGGAAGGCCGAGUGGAGGCUCUGUGCGUGGACUCACCCGAUGAGCGCACCAACUCCUCGCCCAUCUACGUCAUAGAAAACUCUUACGGAAUCGACGAGGUAGACGGAUAUCCGGUCGAAAUGCCGGAUUUCGCUUACGACGGUGAAGCGGACACGUCAGAAGCGAGCGCAGCCGACGGCGCGGUCGUAGGAAACGGAGCACCUCCCUCGCAGGAACCUGCGGCGAGUCCUUCGGCCGGUCCCUGCCACGGAGAUUCGACGCCGCAAGACGGCGGCGUCGAACCGCCGCGCGACACCGUCGACGCGGUUCCAGAUCGCGACCGCGGCUCCGACUCGGGCGACUCGGCCACCUUCCCGAGCGGCGUCUGCGGCGUGCCAGACGUCGCCGCACCACGCCCGCCCGUCACGGACGACGCGCGAGCGCCGGGCGACGGCGAGAACGGUUUCGUCUUGGAGGGAGACAUCUCGCCAGGCGUGGGUCUCGGCCGGGAGGCGGAUGAGGCGAUCCCACCGGGGGCGCCGGCGUUCUGUUGCACGGUAGCUGAGCGGUGCCCCUCGGGGCCUCCCGUCUGUGACGUCACCACCGGGCUCGGCGGCGCCCGCGUGGGUGCGGGUUCAGAGGCGGCUACGGCGGAGACGCGACGCCACGCCGACGUCGCCGACUCCAAGCCGCCGUUCCAUCCGGCGGUGGAAAUCACGUGGGUCGGCAACGGCGCCGGUGGGGCCGCAAACGCCGGCGCGGACGUCGGCACUCUCCUUCCGCGCCUCGACGUUUCCGCCCGGAUCUCCGGCGCGAUGGGAACCGCCGGCCCGUGCGCCGACAUCGGAAGUCCGCUCUUCUGGAACGCCGUUGAUUUCAUCAGCGGUCCGCUGAUGCCGACGGCACGCGGCGGCCGCUUGGACGCCAGCGGGGAUUCGGCUUUCCCCUCCGAGGCGCUCGCGGACGGUGAGGUGCCAACUCUCGACGGCCCGGAAUGGAACGAGCUCGCGGGCGCCGGCGGCCGUCGGCCGUUGGCGAGCGCCGAUCGCUCAGCCUUCGGAGAUGGGGGCGACAAUCCCGCGGGCAGAGCGGCGGGAAGCGGCGUCGCCGACGGCCGGGCUCCUCUCGGUGCCCGCCAGCCGCCGCUGCCCGCCGUCGCUCUCGCGGCCGCCGGCGAAAGCUGCAUCGAGUUCCCCAAAGACUACGUGUACAUGCCGGAAGGCGGCUCCCUGGCAAGACCGGACGGGGCGGAGAGCAGCACGAUGGGCGCCCGGUCGAUCCCCUACCCCUCGCUGUACCGCGUGCCACCCUCUCUCCUCUGA